AUGACUCAAAUCGGCUGGUACGGCCUCGGGUCCAUGGGCCUCGCCAUGGCUAACAACCUCCAGCGACACCUGGCAGCCAAAAAAGCCCUGAGUCUACUCUACUCCAACCGCACCAUGUCUCGCGGCGGCCCUCUCCAGGCCCUCGGUGGUAUCCCGGAGCCUAGCUUCGACAAGCUCGUAUCCCGCUGUGGAAUCAUUUUCACCAUGGUAUCCAACGACUCAGUCCUCCAAACCCUUAUCUCAUCCGCGCUCAGCUCAGGCAAUUCCCUCAAAGAUAAGAUCUUCGUAGACUGCUCGACUGUUCACCCGCAGACCGUCAGCUCGGCCGUAGCCCAGCUCAAGGCUAAGCAAGCCUCGUACGUGGCCGCGCCGGUCUUUGGCGGGAAUCCUAUUGCUGUUGAUGGGAAGUUGGUGUUUGCGAUUGGUGGGCCGGGGAGUGCGACUGAGGUUGUUAAGCCGCUUAUUCAGGAUGUUAUGGGGAGGAAGGUUAUUGAGUGUGGGGAGGAUGCUACUAAGGCUUCGUUGUUGAAGAUUGCUGGAAAUAUUGUUACUGUGAAUAUGAUGGAGGCUGUUGGUGAGGCGCAGGUUUUUGCUGAGAAGACUGGUCUUGGAACAGGUCCGAUGGAAGAGUUGAUUGGUGAGGCUUUUGGUCCUGUUGCUGGAGGAUAUUCUAAGAGAUUGACUACUGGGGUUUACGCACCGCCUCUGGAUGCACGCCCCGGUUUCGGCGUGUCUCUGGCUAUCAAAGAUGCCAGACAUGCGAUGUCCAUGGCCGAGGUGCAUGGAGUCAAGCUUCCUGCUCUUGAGUUGGCCCGAAAGAAUAUGGAGGCGGCCCGCAAUUAUGCCGGUGAGUGCCUCGACAGCAGCUCCAUGUACGGAACAUUGCGACAGCAGGCUGGGCUCCCAUUCUGGAAUGAGAAGAGUCGGCAAGAGUAG